AUGGUGGCACCAACAACACCAACAAGAAUCUUUCUAGGAUCUCCAGAUGAUCUUUUGGAAGAGGUGAUAAUAGAUACUGGUACACAUAGAGACCAUGAUUAUGGUGUAGAUGAUAAUGAAGAAUUUCAAAAUUCUAAUGCUGACGAUGUUAAUGAAGAUCCGGAUUAUGAACCUGACAAAGACGAAACCACGACAGUCAUGAAGCUCACCAGGCCUUCAGAUAUUUCACCCCCACCAGACAAACGUGGGAUGCAAGAGCCACCCAAUAAGAUUAACAGAGAACCAAUAAAGGCCCAUAUUGAGUCGUUCAAUCCCUGUAUCAGUCAUUAUAGGAGGGCUCACGCCCCAAACAGAAGAUAUCUACCGAGUGAUGUUUCAAUUCGUAUGAUGUAUGAUGAUUUUAAAUCAACUGCUGUUCAAAAAUGCAGCUAUGAUACAUAUAGACAGGUUAUCCAAGAUAUGAAGAUCAGUUUCACUAAAUUGGGUGAAGAAGAAUGUGAGGUAUGUCUCCAACAUGAGCUACAUGUCAAAUCAGACCACGCUGAUCUUACUGAUGGCGUUACAAGUGACAGAUGCAGUACCUGGAAGAGACAUAACGAGGCAGCUGCAUCAGCUAGAGUACACUAUCAAACUGAUGCAUCUAAUGCAGAUGCAAACAUAUUGAUAAGAAGUGUUGAUCUUCAAAAGGUUAUUAUGCUACCUCGUAUGCCAGGUAACAAAACCGCAAUUUUUACGAAACGCAUCAUUGCUUUUAAUGAAACGUUCGCUGCAGUUGGUAAGCAAUCAAAGAAACCAUCACACAUUAGAGAGAGAUCUUUGGCUGUUUUAUGGCACGAGGGAAUAGGUGGUAGGCAGGGCAAAGAAAUUGCCUCCGCUUUUGUGAAAGCUUUGAAGGAGAUGCGAGAUGCAGAGCAUAUUGUACUGUGGCUGGACAACUGUGUUGCUCAAAACAAGAAUUGGUACCUCAUUUCUGCCUUAUUAACUUUGGUUAACAAUAAUGAUGUUUUAGCUCAAGACGUAACAUUGAAGUAUUUUGUAACAGGACAUACAUUUAUGUCUGCUGACUCUGUCCAUCACCAGGUAGAGCAGCAAAUGAAUCGUCAACAAGGUGGCAAAGUAUUAGAUUUUCCAGAUUUUGUAGAUGUUGUAUCAAGGUGUUCUAAUGUAGAAGGUUUACAGAUGUCAAAUAUUGAUUUUCGUGAUUGGAGUCCUAUCCAUUCUGCAGCCAAGAUGAAGAAAUCUGGAAUUAAGUUGGCCCAAAUGGUUGAAAUAAAAGUGAAGCGUGGGUCGAAAACUUUGUCCUACAAAUUGAACCAUGAUGAUCCCGAGUUCAUUGAAUUGGACUUCACAAAAAAGGAGCAAUGUUGGUGUUUCCUAAGAGACUGCGCCAGAAGAACAGAGGAAUACCCCUUGAGAAGAAAACUGAUAUUGUUGAAAAGUUGUGCCCCAUGA